UUAAAGAAGAAAAAUACUUAUGCUUGGCCAACAAGAAUUUUUUUAAAAAAUUUCUCACGAUUAUAAGAACAAGAACAAAUCAUAAGACUAAACCAAACCAUCAUUAAAAAAAAUACAUUCUUUGAAAUACAAAAAUGGUAGAUGAAGUUAAGUUGCUUGGUGUUAGUGGCAGUUCUUAUAGUCGUCGAGUUGAAUGGGCUUUGAGAGUUAAAGGAGUGAAAUAUGAAUUUAUAGAAGAAGAUCUACAAAACAAAAGCCCUCUACUUCUUGAAUCGAAUCCCGUCCUUAAGAAAAUCCCAGUACUAAUUCACAAUGGAAAGUCCAUUUGUGAGUCUAUGGUGAUUGUUGAAUACAUUGAUGAGACAUUUGAAGGCCCGUCCAUUUUGCCUAAAGACCCUUAUGAUCGAGCUAUUGCACGUUUCUGGGCUACGUUUCUUGAUGGAAUGUGCUUGGAUGCAGUGAGGAAAGGUCUAUGGAGCAAAAGAGAGGAAAAAGAGAAAAACAUACAAGAAGAAGCUUAUGAGAUGCUAAAAAUUGUUGACAAUGAACUUAAGGACAAGAAGUUUUUUAGUGGAGAUAAAAUUGGAUUUGUUGAUGUUGCUGCAAAUUACAUCCCAUUUUGGGUUGAAAUUGUUGAAGAAGCUACUGGAAAUGUGUUGAUUACAAGUGAAAAGUUUCCUAAUUUGUGUGCUUGGAUAGAUAAGUAUCUCAAGUGUAGUGAAGUUCAAGAAAAUCUUCCUGAUAGAGAUAUGAUGCUUAGUUUUUUCAAAGCUAAAGCACUAGCUGAAAUUGGAGCUAAAUGAAAAUUUUGUCUAAUUGAUUGCGUAAAAUUUUUAAGGUAUCUUGUGUAUGGAAUAAAACUCGUAAAUCAGAGGAAUCUAGCUAGCUUAAUUAAUUUUCUAAAUAAAAUUGAUUUUAAUUUA